CGUCUGCUACAAGACAACGACGCACGUGUUUACAAGUGAUUUAUUAUUAAAUAAAUAAAAAAUUGACACUAACUUAAGUAAUUAUUUUUAUUAACCUAAUAAUAUUAACCUCUUUAAAUAAUUAUGUGUUUCAGUAAUGUUUUUAUAAUAUUUUUAAAAUUACAUACUUAUUUACAAGUAUACCGGUAAAAUUUUAAUGUUUUGUUAUUUAAUUUUAUAUUUUUAAAAAAGGAUAUCGUUUUUAAAAAAUUACACAAAGUGUACAAUUAAAUAUAUUAUGAAAUAAGAAAAAAAAACUGAAUGAAAAAUAAUAAUUUUCAUUACUAAGAUGAAAGUAUGAUAAUGUGGAUAUAUAACCUAAAAAAUCAAAUGAUCUAGAAUGUUUGGAGUUUUCUGGUUAUUUAUUUCCAUAUUUUAAUAACCUUUGGCACUGAUAUUAGAAGACAAACAAUGUGACGUUGCUUACUAUAAUAUCAAACUGGUUUGAAAUGAUCUGCUUAGUUAAGAGAAUGACUCAGAGUGUGAUUGGAGUGAGAACAAUGUGCUCCUCAGAAAGUUAUGAGGAAGCAAUAAGGACUUUAAAUCAAUUACAAAGUAAUGCUGCGUAUAUUCGUUCUGUGAGAAAACAUAAUUCUUCAAAUAAUACAACUCUCGAGGAUACGAGAAAAUAUCUUCUGAGAUCAGGUUUAUCGUUAGAUGAAUUAGAUUCCCUGCGAAUAAUUCACGUCGCCGGAACUAAAGGAAAAGGCUCAACAUGUGCAUUUACAGAAUCAAUUCUUCGUCAUCAUGGUUUUUUAACGGGAUUCUAUAGUUCACCGCAUUUAAUUUCAGUUCGCGAACGAUUUCGAAUUAAUGGCCAACCAAUAAAUGAAUCAACAUUUACACGUUAUUUUUGGAAAUGUUACGAUUCUCUAAAUAAAAUGAAAGAUCACGAUAAAGAUAUGCCGCAAUAUUUUAAAUUUUUAACAAUAAUGAUGUUUCAUGUAUUUUUAGAGGCAAAAAUAGACGUUGCAAUAAUUGAAGUUGGAAUUGGUGGCGAAUAUGAUUGUACAAAUAUAAUAAAAAAUCCAAUUUGCACUGGAAUAACAAGUCUUGGUCUCGAUCAUACAUCUCUAUUAGGUGAAACAAUCGAGGAAAUUGCAUUUCAAAAAUCGGGAAUAUUUAAAUUAAAUAUACCUGCAUUUACAGUGCCACAAUCAAUUAUUGCAAUGAAUAUUUUAGAAAAACGUGCAAUUGAAAAGAAUUGUUCAUUAAAUAUUGUGCCAAGUGUGGAAAAUUAUAAAUGGCCCAAUGGAAUGCCAAAAUGGAAAAUAUCACAAAAUAUACAUAAUUAUAAUCUUUCAAUGGCAAUAAAAUUAUCAACAACUUGGAUGAAAUCAAUGGAAAGAGAAAAAAUUAAUCAUAAUUUAUUUGGAAAAUCUUUAUAUUUGAAAAAAUUAAAGGAAAAAAGAUUUUCACUUAAUAAAACUGAAUUGGCAUUAUCAAAUUGUAAAUGGCCAGGAAGAACACAAAUUUUACAUGGUAAAAAUAUGAAUUUUUAUAUUGAUGGCGCACACACAAUGGAAAGUAUGGAAUAUUGUGUUUCAUGGUUUCAAAAAUCAACAAAGGGAAUAAAUGGAAAGAAAUUUUUAAUUUUUAACGCAACUGGUGAUCGUGAUCCAGAAAAAUUGUUAAAUCUCUUAAAACCAUUGAAUUUUGAUAAAUGUUUAUUCACGCCAAAUAUCGCUGGUAUAAUAAAUAUUGUUGAUCAAGAAAAUUUUACAAUAGGAAAUGUUGAACAAAAAAAACGUUGUCAAAAACAUCUUGAUAUUUGGCAAACAAAUGGAAUUAUUGUUGAUAAUGUAAAUGAGGCAUUUCAAUUGAUAGGAAAAAUAAUUUUCCAACAUGAGGGAAAUAUGAAAAAUCAAGAAAAAGCUCAAGUUCUCAUUACUGGAUCAUUACAUCUUGUGGGAGCUGCACUUUAUAUUCUUGAUCCAAAUUUUGAAAUGGUGACGAGCUUUUAAAAAUUUCCCAUAUAGAAUUUGUAAUAUAAUUAUUUUAAAAUCA